CGCGUCCCAUGCUUUUGUCCCCUCCGCCCGCUCCCGACCCGGGGGCUCCACACCGCGGACCAUCGCCAACUUAACACUGCGCCGGCCCAGUCGUCCGGAGCGGCCCCAGAGGCUCUGAUCUCUCUCCUCCUUUGAGGCCGCUGGAGGCUGUGGGCGCCUACGCCUGCCCCCGGGCCAGAGAAGCACGAAAGAGGGGCGAGUAGGUAACCAGCGUGCGGAGGCCGCCCUCCAACCCCGGUGGCAUGGGUUAUUUGCCUGGCUGCGCCUAGAAUCUGGGAGGCUGAUUUCUAAAAGUUUGUUCCAGCGCCCUGGGACCCGGAAAGAUGUCAUUAAAAAUUACCACGUUGGCAGAGUUGCCCAUGGCGGUGAUAAAGCUCUUACAAUCAAAAUAUCAUUACAAAGAAGAGGCUAAAAUCAUCUGUGAUAAAGUUGAAGUUAAACUCAGCAAGGAAUGUUUUUAUCCUUCCAAUACAUGCAUUACUGAUCUAAGGACUUCAUAUUGGGAAGAAGCUAUCCAGGAAACCAAGCGUGGUGCAGCCAAUAGGAAAUUGGCUGAAGAAUGUUAUUUUCUAUGGAAAUCUACACGUUUACAGCAUAUGACACUGGCAGAUGAUGUCAAAGCCAUGCUUACUAAACUUCGAAAGGAGGUCCACCUACUUCUGUUAACUAAUGGAGACAGACAGACCCAGAGAGAGAAGAUUGAGGCUUGUGCCUGUCAGUCCUUUUUUGAUGCCAUUGUUGUAGGUGGAGAGCAGACAGAGGAGAAACCAUCACCUUCCAUAUUUUACUACUGCUGUGAUCUCCUCGGAGUACAGUGUGGGGACUGUGUAAUGGUUGGUGAUACACUAGAAACAGAUAUACAAGGAGGCCUCAACGCAGGACUGAAAGCAACAGUCUGGAUAAAUAAAAACAGAAUAGUGCCACAGAAGUCAUCCCCUGUGCCCCAUUAUACAAUUUCUUCUGUGCUAGACUUACCUGCUGUCUUACAGAGUAUAGACUGCAAAGUCAAUAUGUCAGACUAAAGUACUAAAAGGGCAUGAUUAAGAAUUUUUGAGUCAAAUUAGAGAGUUUAAACUAAGAAAAGUUAAGACAUUCUAUAUGCUAUUGCCCAAUUCUACAAAUAAUUUUACUUUUCUAAAAUUAUGAUUUAAUAGCCAUUAUUGUGAGGGUCCUCCCAACCCUAUUGUUUUUAAGUUUUGACAGCCAACCAUUGACUUGUUUUUCUAUCUGAAAAUCCAGAUUGCAUUAAUACAGGUUACUUUUAUUAGUAUACACUAGUCCAGAAAACUUGAGAAAAUACUUUUGUUAGUUUGUGACUUGAGAUUUUCUGUUUUAUUCAUCUUUUAGCAUUUUAUCUCCAUGAAGAUACCAAGCAGGAUAGCUUGCGUAUGGAUGUGCAGACAUAGAUUUUAUGUUCUGGCUUCAAAGUUGUUAGGUGCUGUUGAGUUGGCUCUGACUCAUACUGACCUUACGAGUAACAGAAGGAAAUGUUGCCUGGUCCUGUGCCGUUCUCACAAUCAUUGAUAUUUUUAAACCCAUUGUUGU